AAAACGAGGUAAGAUGAAAUAAUUGUUUACCGUGGUUACUAGACAUCUAUUCUUUUUGCACAUCUCUUCUAUUCCGACGAUUUCCGCAAUUAUUUUUCCGGUAAUAAGAAAAACGCCCACAUUUGUUUGAGAAUAUGCUGCUAAUUUACAUUUUACAACAGGAUGUAAAAAAACUAUAUAAUAUCUUGUCCUAAAUUUGUAAAUAAUAUAUUAAUAUACCGUGCUUACUGUGGCCUACGUCUACGUUGUGUAGACUACAGUUACAGCUACAGUACAGCCUUGCUACGACUAGGCACGGAGAUUCUAAUUAAUUGUGUAGUCUGCUCUAAGUUUAAGUCAGUGACCGAGUCGAGUGAGUCAACGUAAGAUAAAGCUAAAAAUUAGUAAAAUUACUAGUUGUAGCAUUUUAUAGUAAAUUGGCCUACCACUGACCACUGGUACUGGAUACUUGCCUAAAAAAUGUGAAUAUGUGAUAAGUUAUUAAAAGUUAUUGGCUUCUUAUUUUUACUAACCAACGUGAACGUUUAACUCAUUCAAUAACAGGCUGUUGGGUAGGCAGGGCAAUCCACUUUUGGGGUGGGCAGGGGUCCAAACGCGUAUUCAUGACUCAUAGUCAUAGUUAUGAGUAUGAGAUUUAUAUAAUUAUAAUAUCAUUUGACAAUUUCAAUAUGUGAAAAAACAAUGGACACCACAAAAAUAUUUUAAUAAAGUAUAGAGUAUAGUAAAAAAAAGUAUGUUCCUAGUCUAGUUACCAGUGGUGACGCUACACCAAGUCCCGCCGGGUCCCAGGACCUGGUGAAAAAACUUGGGACCUGGCAAAUGACCUGGUAAAUUUUUAUUAGUUACUAAUAUUGUAUAUAUGCUCAUUAAGCGUAAACUACAUUACAUGUAAGAGAACUUCCAUUUUAAAUGCCUUAUUUAUAUGUUUAAAUUUUUAUCAACAACAAAAGUCAAUAUAACGUCAUAAAAUGUAAUAUAUAUAAAAUUUAAGUUUUUAACUUGUAAGAGGCCAUCCAUAUAUUACGUACCCAAAAAUAUCGCGAAUUUUGACCCCCCUCCCCCCUGUUGCAUGGCGUACUUUUUCAGUACCCUCCCCCCCAUAGCGUACAUACUGACACUCAAGUUUUAUUUUCUAUAUAUAUAUAUUAUAUAUAUAUAUUAUAUAUAUAUAUAUAUAUACUUAUUUAUUUAUAUUGAUUUAUGUACCUAUUUUUAUAAAUAUUUGUGCGUGUGUGUUUAUAGAAACUCUAUAACUUGAAAAAUCGAUAAACGCAAAAAGAAUCAAAGAAAAAGCGCCAUGCUAAAAUUUAAUUCUUUCAUUAAAUUGUUGAUAGAAACAAAAAUAAAAUAAAUAAACAAAUAAAUUUAUUAUGACAAUUGACAAUGUAUGUAAACUUUGGGUUAAGUUAGUAGAUUAAUAAAUAUUACUUAAUAAAUAAAUUUUAUUUUUAAUACAUUAAUUUGGGACCCGCCAAAUUUUUUUUAAGACCUGCAAGGGACCCACCAUGUUAAAUUUGAUGGCGUCGCCACUGCUAGUUACCCUAAACUAUGUAACUAUCAAAAAGAGUAAAAUGAAGCAUUUAAAACCAGCCCAGAAUUUAGCUUUUAUUUUUAUUUAUUUUUCAAAAAAAAUAAAACACUGAAAAUUAUUAAAUAAAGUAAAAGCUAAAUGAUUAAAUAUUCCAUUUAUUUUCAGAGCAAUUAUGCAGAAAACAUGCCCUUAUCCAGGUUUUGAUGAAACUGGGGACUUUUACGAGCGUCAGCCCAAUGCACGAGUUCGACCUGAGGCUGAGGAAUAUGCUGGAAAAAGCCGAGGUUGCAUAGAUCUUUUCAACUCACAAAAGCACAAACAUGUCAUUCCUCCACCGCCUUCACCUCGUUGUCCUACAGGAGAAGCACGACAAAACUAUGAAAAUUCAAGAACUGGACACAUAGGAAAUUUACUUGGAGGUAGUGGUCAACCUCCACCUUUUGAGCCUCGUCCAUUUGCAAGAGUUACAGUAGAAAGUGAAGGCAUUGCAGAGUCCCAUAAAGGUAGAGAAAUAAAUAGUUUGUUAACAAAUUAUGGUAAAAAUGAAUCAUCUCCUCGUCCUAAUCCAAGGGUCAAACAUGAAGCCGAAGAAACAGCAGAUCUAAGUAGAGGUGGUAGAGUUAACAUGCUGCUUCAUAAUUCACAUUCUAUCCCUGACACACCCAGAAAUGCUCCAAGAAUAAAACCUGAAGCUCAGGAAAUUGCUGCCAAUGGGAUGGGGGCUAGCAUGGCAAAAAUUAUGGGAAAGUACGGAGAAACCCCAAGAUCUGCAAGAGGUGUUCCUCGAGUUAAACCUGAAGCACAGGAAAUUGCCAACUUGGAUAGAGGUGUUCAGAUGGAAAGCUUAUUUCACAAGUAUGGCAAACAACAACCACAACCUCAGCUAGCACCAAAAGUAAAGGAUGGGAGAGAAAUAGCUGAAAUGGAUAAGGGUGGAAGGAUGUCCAGGCUGAUGCAUGAGAUAAAUAGACUGCAGUCUGAUCCCCAACCACAACCACGAGCUGCUUCUUCAGCAGGCAGGAAUAAUAUUAGAAAGAACCGGGGCACAAUAAGCCAGAUUUUCACUGAGUCCGCAAAGUGGCAAAUAGUUCCCAAACCAGGGAUAAGAAACUAGUCACAAAUGUAUUAUUUUCCUUGAAUAUUUUAAUGAGAAAAGUUAAUUAUUCUGCAAUAUAGAUGAUUUAUUUAAAUUCUUUUUUGGUUUUCUCAAUUAUCUACACACUUUCAUUGAACAUUCCACAAAAUCUGAAUUUAUUUUAGCCAAAUUUAUACAUAUUAUAUUCAAUUUUUUAGUGUAUGUUUUCAAAUUUGUUAAUGGUAAUAUGUUAUCUACAGAGUAUAGUUUUUGGCAUGUAUUUUAAUGUAGCAAUUUAUAGAUCUAGGAUCAGUUGAGCAACCAUGCCAUUCCCCUUUCUCCCAUUUGUAAAGGGACUAUACUUAAAUUAGGUAAAUCAAUAUAGACCUCCCUACCUGUAUGAGAUAGCUGAAAAUUGUAUCACAUUUUAAAGGAUCUGCAGAAAUGGUGCAUUGGAAAAAUUUUGUAACUCUUUUAAAAAUAUUUUAAAUCAUUAAAAUAAUUUUUUUUUUUAUAUUAAAGCUUCUCAAAAUGUUCUGUGUGACAAAAAUGGCGUAUUUCUAUCACAUUUCAACAUGUUCCAUGGUCAAAAUUAUGGACUAUUAAGGGUUCUUUUUAUAAUCUUCCUAAAUUUUCAGUAUUUGUAGCCUAGGCAAAUGAAAAUUUAAAGACUAUUUUAUAUCCUUGCUAAAUUUUUAUUUAGCGUUUCUUUGCAUACAACAGUUUUUUCUUUUGUAUUUACAAACAUGUAAGAAUUUUAUAAGUAUGGAGUGGUGUAACUUAAGUAACUAGUACUGGGCCAGGAGGAGCAGACAUCAAAUCUCCCUACUCCCUUUUUUUUGUUGCCCCCAGCCUCCUUCCAAACCCUCCUGUCAGUUUAACUGCUGUAAGUAUGCAAAUGCAUUACAGUUACAGUAAGAAAUAAUUAUCAUUUGAAUUCUUUGAAAGAUAUUUCAAUGGAAUUGUUUCACUUAGAAAAAAAAAUAGAAACAUUAUAUCUUUUUGUAAUUAAUAGCACCUGCAGUUAAAAUACUGCUGUAAUUUUGAAAAUAGCACAGUGCAUUUAAUUAACUAAUUUACAUAUAGUAGCAUUAUUAGAAAACAACCAGUAAAUGUAAUCAAAUAAAAAAUUAUUCUUGAAAUUGAUUGUUUGUUUCUUUUUUUAAUUAAAAUGAACUAUUUCCUUUGAUCUACUGGGCAACUUGAGGACAACUGCAAUGACUCCUGCUAUUUCAAAUAUUUAUUGUUGUCUCUUUAACAUACUACCAAUCCUUUUGUAAUUUGUAGGUUAAAGUUAAAGGCAAGAGCUUAGAUGGCAACACGCU